GUAGCGAGGCUGUCCGCCAGGAGCUGCAACAGCAAGCCAUUCAUGACAAAGCCAUGUCUUUCUACUUGUAUCUGAAUGAACUUCAUGGCCGCACCAUUAAUAAUGAAUUGCCAAGCCGGGUUUUCCCUAGCACGGUUUGUGGUCUGCUCCAUUGACUUUGUUAGAACCAGACUUCUAGCAGGAACAGAAGGGCUGCAGUCCCACUGCUGCUGAAAUCCAGCACCCUAUUGUGUCUGACAAGCGAGCCAGCCAACCCGCCGAGGGAUCGGAAGAGAGUGAGCGAGAGUCCUUUCCCCCUCCUUGCCCUGAAAAUCAGGAUGAUAGAGAUUCCCUCCUCCUGUAUCCUUGUAAGUCUAAAUGACGCAGCUGCUGAGCCCUGAGAGAGCUGCAGCGUGGGAUUCGCUCUCCGAGCAGAUGACCAGCAUGGACCCAAAACACAGCCCAGAGAGCCCGUCUCCUACAGGAUUGCUCUGAAACCAUCCAGGACAACUUUUGCCGAUUUGAGUCCAAAAGAGGCGGCGGAACAGCUAAAACUUGGAAUGUCCAUCUGUCUGCUGAGCCUGUUGGAUCCCACUCCAGGGCCAUGGAUAGGGUGACCUCUCCAUGACGUUUAUUUUUACAUCUUGCUCUCGGUUUUGGUCCUGUCCUGGAAAAGAGUCCUGGGGCUAUCACCUGCCACACCUGGAAAUUACAGGUCUUGGGGACAAGAGUAUCUUGUGUUGUUCUUGGAGAUUUUCCUCCUCUGUUGGCUCAUCCGGGACGAGACCAGGCAGACGCGGCUCGUGGGGCAACCCGCCGGCAAAGCCCCUAAGGCAAGGAGAAAGUCUCGAACGAGGCCAGUAUGCAAGUUUCUUUUGUGUGCUCGGACCACAACAUCAAGAGCCGGAGCGCAGAGGACAGGCUCAACCGGCAGAAUGCCAGCAGUCCCAGCACUCGAGGCCGGUUCCGCACCGUGGCCAUGGUCGCCCGGAGCCUGGGACACCUCUCGAUGCACCAUGCCCCGUCCUCCAGCGACUCCAGCGUGAAACAGCCUGGCAUGAAAUAUAGAAACCUCGGAAAGUCGGGACUGCGAGUUUCCUGCCUCGGCUUAGGAACAUGGGUGACAUUCGGAGGCCAAAUCACGGACGAGAUGGCGGAGCAGCUGAUGACCCUGGCCUAUGAUAACGGAAUUAACCUCUUUGACACGGCCGAAGUCUACGCAGCUGGGAAGGCUGAAGUCGUGCUAGGGAAUAUCAUCAAGAAGAAAGGAUGGAGACGUUCCAGCUUGGUGAUAACGACCAAAAUCUUCUGGGGAGGAAAAGCCGAGACAGAGAGAGGGCUUUCAAGAAAGCACAUUAUAGAAGGUUUGAAGGCUUCAUUAGAACGGCUGCAGCUUGAGUAUGUGGACGUGGUGUUUGCCAAUCGGCCAGACCCCAAUACACCCAUGGAAGAGACGGUACGAGCUAUGACCCAUGUCAUCAACCAAGGAAUGGCCAUGUACUGGGGGACAUCGCGCUGGAGCUCUAUGGAGAUUAUGGAAGCUUAUUCGGUGGCCCGACAAUUCAACCUCAUCCCGCCCAUCUGUGAGCAGGCCGAAUACCACAUGUUCCAGAGGGAGAAGGUGGAGGUGCAGCUGCCAGAGCUUUUCCACAAGAUCGGAGUGGGUGCCAUGACAUGGUCCCCGCUAGCCUGCGGCAUUGUCUCGGGAAAAUACGACGGUGGGAUUCCGCCCUACUCGCGAGCGUCUCUCAAAGGGUAUCAAUGGCUGAAAGACAAGAUCUUGAGCGAAGAAGGGAGACGACAGCAAGCCAAGCUGAAGGAACUGCAAGCCAUUGCGGAGCGCCUGGGUUGCACCCUGCCUCAGCUUGCCAUUGCCUGGUGUUUGAGGAAUGAAGGGGUCAGCUCAGUUCUGCUGGGGGCUUCCAAUGCAGACCAGCUAAUGGAGAAUAUUGGAGCAAUACAGGUUCUUCCAAAACUGUCCUCUUCCAUUAUCCAUGAGAUCGACAGUAUUCUGGGCAAUAAACCCUAUAGCAAAAAGGACUACCGGUCAUAAGCGGGGAACCCCGUCCACCUGGACUUUAUUUUCCCAGACUCCUCGCCUCUCCCGUUUGCUUGCUUAAGCUUUAUCGAAGCCGAGUGACGAGUGCGGUUCGCAUCCAAGAAACUACAGCAAGCCCCGAAACGGUCCAGAGAAACCGUUUCCGAAACGUCAUACAAGACAACCAUAGGCUUCUUUAGCUCAACUUUUUAAUUUUUUAAAUGCAAGAAAUGUUGCGGGUCGGGAAAGGCCAGGAAGGGAGUUAAUGUUGAGCCCAACUUCCUUUUGAAAGGGGAAAAAAACCCUAUAAUCUUUCUUUCUCUUUCCUCUUUCCUCUCUCUCUCUCUCUCUCAGCUGUUCUUUUCUUCCCACCCAUGCACAGAGAAGAUAUUGGAUGUUGCAGGAUUUAAGGCAUCUGCGCUGUCUUCUUGCAGUUCGACUAGUCAGAGCCAGUACAUGCUUUGUUUUUAUUUUUAUUCUCAGUUGGGAAGACUUCAAGCGACAGUUAGGUAAAGCAGACAUGCCCUAGCAAUCUGACUAGAAGACCUCCUAGGAAUGUUCAUGCCUUGGGCAGCCUCCCAAGCAUGCUAGAAACAGCUUUUGGGGGGCAACGGCAUGCCUCCUCCCCAACCCUGCCCCUCUUCCUCGAUUCCAACUGUUUUUUUAUGACUGAGACGGAGUCACAGUGAAUCAGCCAAGAUCGCUGGCAAGUAGCAGUGGACAGUUGCAAUCCACGAAUCUACAACGGUCCCAUGGACCGCACCACGGGGCGUCCCGUAGAUGCUUCCCAAGAGUUUGUGCUUUCUCUAGUGCCUAAGUGUGGCCUUGCUUAGGGGCAGGGCGGAACAGCAGAGCAGACUCGGCAUUGGCCGGGCUCCCCAGCUUUGACCGCUGCUGUGUUAGAACGCUCUCUUCUUCAGCUAGGUGGGAGUUGAAGCAGAAGGCCACUGGUGGGGCUGAGACAGGGUUUAAGAUGAGGCUAGCUGGGAAGAGUGUGGUUCAGCGGACCACCCUCGGUCCCCAACCCUCUCAGCCAUGACAGGCCUCUCUGGCCAUAUCGCGAAUCCCCUUGGUCUUGUCCUGUCCGCGUCUCCCGCGAUCCCUUCUCCUGCUAUUUCUUCUGGGCUUUUGCGAAUGGCUUCAGGGCCAGAAUCGAUGUCCUUUGAAGCCAACCCCUCGCCCCUGCUUUUCAAAACGAGGCUGCCUGCGGAGGUGCUCCCACUCCCAAUUAACCCCGUGCCAGCCCAACGUGCAGAUGACUGUAGCAGGAAGCCGCGUCCUCGGAGGCUUCUGUCCAUGCCAUUUUCCCAGGAACGAGCCACAACAGUAGAGUCAAACAUGCCCAAACCCCAGGGGAAGCCACGCCAGAGUGGCUCGCUCGAGGGACUGUAGAAGCAGCAUAGGGAGCCAUCGGAGAAAGCCAAGCGGCUCCUGAACCGGAGCCCGUAUCGCGUGGAUUGUGCCUUAGUUGGAAACUAGACAGGACUUUCCUCUGAGGGGGGGAUUCAACCUCACUCUGAAAUUAGUUCUGGCCUAAAGUCUUGCAUCCCGUUCAAUGUGUGUUUGUGUAUGUCAACUUGUAGCAACCCAAAUAUUGUGAGUCAUAACUAACGGGGAGGGGACUUCCAAUCUAUUUUGUUUUUGGCAACCUGGGAACUGAGAGGAGGCCCAUACUCGGUGCUGCGACAGACUUUCAUGCCUUUCCGUUUGUCUCUCAGUCGAGUCAUGCUAGCAAUUGCCGUUUUGCGGCCCAAGCUGGCGCGCCAUGCGGCCGCAAACCCCGGCUUGCCCCAAGCACGUGCUCUGCAAAACUGCAUUUGUCCACCUUCACCUAUGAGUGCUUUUGAAUGGGGCACCCCAGAUAUCUUCAGCAAGUCUGACAGUGGGUGAGCAAAGCCAGCUGCCAUUCCAUGAAGAGGGUUCCAUAGAUUGGCAGCGUCAUUAUCCAUUUUUUCCAGAGCAAACAAGGGAUCGCUUCGUGUGACAUUCACCUAGUUUUCACAUCCUCUACUUAAAAAAAAAAGGUUUAGCAGGUUUUUGUUUCACAAACCUACCAGAUCUGUUUGACAUAGGAUGUCGAAAGCAAUGCACCAUGGGAAAUGAUGCCUCUCUCGAUCCAUUUUUGAACUCCCUUGCAAAUUAACAGGUAUGGGUUCUGUAUUCCCUGUGAUGCUCUGAUUACACCUGUGAACGAAAACAGCUUGCAGCCUGCCAGCGGUUGCGGACGCGAUUGUUUUGUAUGUCGAGCUUUCUAAGCCAUUUGCGUUUCCCUUCCCCUGACAGUUAUGUUUACUCCUUGUUUUGUUUCCUUCUCCGUUGUGUCGAUGGGUCCUUAGUAUUAUGGCUGCUUCUUCAUAUAAGUGCAAACAAGUGAUUUGGAUGGUCAAUGGAUGGUCAAAUCAGAGGAGACUCAAAGUUCCUUGCCUAGGGCUCCCACCAUUUUUAAAUUCGGUUACCAGAUCGGGGAGGGGGGGGGAAGUCAGAUCAAUUCAGGAUUGCAGGGUGUGUGGGGUUACAUCUUCCUUCCAACACCAUUUUUGAACACUGAAACAGCCCUAGCGAGGCAGUUUGCUCCUUGGAGGAACAGAAGGAUACUAAUUUUUGUCUGUGUGUUUUCGAUUGUAAUGGCUUAGGACCACAAACAAUAAAAUGUUACUACUACCCUGUUUCCCUGAAUAUAAGACAUCCCCUGAAAAUAAGAUGUAGUAGAGGUUUUGCUGAAGUGCGAAAUAUAAGGAAUCCCCCGAAAGUAAGACAUAGCAAAGUUUUUGUUUGGAAGCAUGCCCGACGAACAGAACACAGAAAAAUAAGACAUCCCCUGAAAAUAAGAUAUAGCGCAUCUUUAGGAGCAAAAAUUAGGAGCAAAAAUUUUCGGGGAAACACGGUAGUAUAAGAUACUAAUAUAAUCAAAGGGGCAAAUAGCCGCUUUCUGGGGCCAUUUCAGAUUGGCAGAAGGGAGGAGGGGUGUAAGCCCCCGCUCCCUCUGUUCCGUUGCCCUGAGGUGAAUUAGGGCCUCUGGCGCACAACAAUUGAAUUUUU